AUGGAGGACUCGCAUCCAAACUCCACCACAAUACCCUCCGAUACCGCGAGCCAUCCAACUCCACAAUCCGAUGCUGCACCUAAACCCACACCACCACCAUCACGACCUACAUUAAUACAAAAAUUGCGUUUCCUCCUCCUGAGAUACCUCGCGAAAACUGCCGGCACCACAGAUCGCACACUUGUCCGCCUCUCAAAACUCCUCUCCACACCAAGCGGCACCGACGUCCUCCUCUGCACAACAUCCUACACCCUGACCCUCAUCCAUGCCGUCCUCUCCCGCGUCCUCGAACGACGUCUCGCGUCAAUAGCUACAGAAAUCGCCGAGAAAGCAGAGGGUGUCCUGCUUCCGGGCGAAACGCUCAUAGCCACCCUGCCAGCGCCUACCAGCACAAAAGUCAUCGCACAGACUGUAGGAAGUUCGAAGGCACUUGCCAGUGUCAUAUCAGAUUUCCGCAUAUUCGUAAGAUUGUGGGGGGUACUGGGAUUGUAUACGUGGGCGCGGGAUACCUAUCAAAACCCGUUGCCAGAAGAUGCAAGCAGGAAAGAGAAGAUAUUGAGGGUAUUGACAUGGACAGCUAUAACAUCUUGUGUCGGUUUCCAGAUCUUGGAGAACGGCGCGUACUUGAGCUCAAAGGGUGCAUUGACGACGGCAAGUUGGACCGGUGAUGUAGGCAAAGCCAGAGAAGACGCAUGGUGGCUGUGGAGCUCGAGAUUCUGGGCUGCGUAUGUUGGGGUUGAGCUUCUACGUCUGGGUGUUCAACGGUACUACUCUUCGCCAUCUUCGUCGGUAUCAGUGAGUCAGGGUGAUGGAGAGAAAGAGGAUAAGAUCCAGAGGGAAGAGCGGGUAAAAGCAAAGAAACUGGAGAAGUGGCUUUGGUGGAAGGACCUCGCUUCCAAUCUGGCAUACGCGCCCAUGACUGUGCACUGGUCGAUGGAGCAGGGACUACUGAGUGACUGGGGUGUUGGAGCUUGUGGUAUAGUCGCUGGUGGAGCAAACUUGGCUGACGCAUGGAGGAGGACUGCGUGA